AGGGGGACUGAUACUCUCAACGUGAGCUCCCAGUCACCAUUCGUCAAGGAGAGACCUCUUCCUACCUUGGGCCUCCUGCCAUGGAAGCGACGCACCACAUAUUCCCUCGGGGUUAAAAACACAAAAUUCGGUAGCCCAGGUUACCCCUCUCCCCUCGACAGGUUCAGAAACGUCAAGGACUCACCACUCGGAGGCAAUGCUAGCUUUUCUCACAUGCCCCGUUCCUGUUUAUCCGAGUCCAGGUUGCAGCAUGCGGCCUCAGCUCCUCGCUUGAAUGUUAUGCCAGGCAAUGGUCUCCACAGCUUCAGCUUCUCUCCGGGGCUGUCCAAGGGGUCAUUCGGCACCUCUGAAAACAUCCCCUGCGGCCAUUGGUUGUUCCGUAACUUUGUGGGUGGUGGGAACUGUGGGACCGUUUUCCCAACCACUAUUGUCAAUCCAAACAAAGCUGUCCUUACUGUUGAUUCCAGUUCAAGGAUCUUGACAGCAAAUGACAUGUCAUCAUUGCUUCUUGGUCACCCAGAAGACGAACUGUGUGGUAAAAUGAAGUUGACUGACUUUAUUGCAAAUCCCAGAACUCAGCAGAAACUCGGCUCCCUGGCGAGUCUGACCCCCAACACGGAAUCGGACAGUUCGGAGAGUUCCUUGCGUACCUUGCCGGACCCCGACGUCUUGGACAGUCAAGGCAUGGUGCUCUUCAGUGGCAAAGUGGUAAAUGUCGACACCCUGGACAAUGGCACUCUCCCCUGCUCCCUCUGGUUGAAAGGUCUUCCACAAGAACCAGAUGAAGACCAGAGGUGGAUUGCCAUUCUUGAGCCGGUGAACAUCACUGUAGCGAGGGCCUCAGUAGACGAGACGGGACGUAUCUUGAAGCACGACUCUUCUUUUAAUGCCUUGUUUGGGUACGACGACAACAGUGAGCUCACCAAAUUUAACGUUCGUGACCUCAUCCCAGCCCUGCAGGUGCCCAAGUCUCAGGAAAUACUUAAGGACGUAGAGAAGCAACAGUGCACCGGGCAGACGGUUGACUGUGCAACAUUCCCACUCUGUGUACACUUCUCCUGCAACAUGACACCAAAUGACAAAGUGUUGAAGAAAUUAGUUUUUGACCUUGAAAUAUGGGUCUUCUCUAACAUCAGCGGCUUGGUGGUGCUGGAUGGGUGCGGAAAGAUCAUCGACUACAAUUAUAACUUCACCCGGCUGUUGUUUGGUUAUGGCAAGAAGGAACUGGAAGGGAGGGACAUCACCCAUCUCAUACCAACGUUCUUCGAUGACGUCGCCUUAAUCCAGAAAAUGAACAAUCCGUCCUUCGACUCUGACUCAGAAUCGACCAUCAGUGAUAACGAAGAGGAGAAUCAGAAGGAGAACAGCAAAGAUGCAGGUGUUCAUAGGAGCCAGAUGAAGAAGUCUUUACCCAACGGGGAGAUCACGACGCUCAUGUCUGACCCUUCAUCCAUAGCCACGCCCAACAGGGGGUUUAUUGCUACAGACAGUAAACUUCAAGGUUCUCUGUUCGGGUCGACACUUAACUCGACGGGAAAUAUGACGGGGCCGGUAGACAACAGUCAAAACACCACUCAGUCAAACAACGCCAUGAGGGAUAUUACCAACUCCAUCAAUGUUCUCAACCUCAGUCAGCAGAAUGGCACAAAUCAGACGAGCAACUCGAGCAUCCAGAGUAGUCCCAGCAAGGCGAGACAAGUUCAGGACCAGACCAACACAUUCAAUAGAAGUCUUGCCAAGAUACAAAGUGGAGGCUGCCCAGACCUGACCCAAGAGAUGCUGUCUGAAGAUAUCGUCACGUCAACUCCUGCUUUAGAUCGGAAUAAACACCAGACUCAGAGUCAUGUACCAACCAUAGAGGAAGGCAGUUUCUUUGGGGUCGGCAAACAUAAAGAUGGAUCUGAUCUCGUAAUCAUCUACCAGAUCCGUCGGGUUGAGCUUAACGGCACACCCCAUUACUGUGUGUGGAUCUUGCGGGACCCAGAGGAGCCGGGGGAGGGUCUCAGGUCCAACACUAACCUUACUUUAGCGUCUACAUUUAGCGAGACGGCAGAAAUGUCUCUUGGCCACGCCAUCAAAUCCCAAGCCCAGAAGGAGGUCAUUGAUCUUGAUGUGGACUCGGACUCCUCAUCAGACGACGACGUAGAAACCAGCCAGACCAGCACCGACGGGAGCUCUGGGGCAGAAUACUCCCUCAACCACUCGAGGAGAGGGAACAGGGAUACAUCAUCAAGUUGCCCAGAUGAGGGAGAAGAACAGCUCGUGGCGGGAGACUUCUGUGAUCACUACACAGUCCUCAGGCAAAUUGGCAAAGGAGCAUUUGGUUGUGUUAAGAUGAGCUACCGUAAUAAUGAUGGUCUUCUGGUGGUGACUAAAUUUAUCAAGAAGGUGAAGGUUUACCAAGACAGCUGGGUUGAUGACCUCCUCCUGCGUAGACGAGUGCCUUUGGAAGUUUCACUCCUUAUGACUCUUGACCAUCCCAAUAUUGUGUCUGUGUUUGAUAUGUUUGAGAAUGAUGAUUACUUCCAACUGGUGAUGGAGAAGUGGGGUGCUGGCAUGGACCUCUUUGAGUUCAUUGACCGCAACCCACUUCUGGAUGAAGCUCUGGCUGCCUACAUCUUCAGACAGAUUGUCUCGGCUCUGGUGUAUCUUCACUCACUGAACAUCAUCCAUCGUGAUGUCAAAGAUGAGAACGUUAUACUGAAUAAUAAGUUCCAAGUCAAAUUAAUUGACUUCGGUUCAUCAGCUUUUACCAAACCUGGUAAACUGUUCUCUCAGUUUGCUGGUACUGUGGAGUACUGUAGUCCUGAGGUGCUCAAAGGAAACAAAUAUAGCGGGUUUGAGUUAGAGGUUUGGUCGCUGGGAGUCACCCUCUACACCCUGAUGUAUGGAGAGAACCCCUUCUAUGAUGUGGAUGAAACUAUUAAAGGCGACCUAAUGUUCCCGAUCGUACAUUCCCACGACUUGUGUGACCUCCUGACGGGGAUGCUUCAGAAGGAGCCCAAAUCUCGCACGACCAUGGAGGGAGUGGAAUCUCAUCGUUGGACUCAGAUGAACUGCGAUAUCGAGGAUUACGUGUUCCAUGAGGUCGUCAGAUGUUCAUACGAUGAGUGUCACCCCAAGAAGUACAUCACCGAGUAUAGUGAGAGCGACACCUCUAUAUCGACAGCCUCACAUAGUUUUGUUUAUGAGAAUGCAAUGCAGUGUACCAGACGGUCGCUUUCCUUCACUCCACAGGGCAACAGGAACGACAAUGACCAUGUACGUAUGCAGCGAUCAGCCACAUCCUUAAGCUCUUCGCGGAUAACAUCGGAGAUCCCUGGGGAAGAGGACCAGAUCUAUGACCAGUCUAUAUCAACCGGCGCUUCAAGAACUUCCACCUCACAAUCCAUGUCGUCUAUGAGGAGUACAAUAACGGUCGACUCGUCUUCAUUUUCGUGCUGUUCACCGUCGUCGGCCUCAUCUAAGAGCAGUGACUCGUCAACCCAACUGGAAACAACACCUUCAUCUACCUCAGUUACAUAUUAUGAUAACUUGAGCAGCAGCGACACCCUCUCCGAGCAGAGUUCUGACGGCAGUAUCAACUUGUCGUCGGCUUUAGCAAAGUACUGUAGAUUUGAGAACUUGGGGGACGUCACCGACUCCGACUACGACAAUACGAGGAAAUUAGACUCUGAGGAAAGCGAGCAUCUUAGUGACUCCAAGUCUGAGAAGAUAAAUGAAUACUAUGAUUCUGACUAUGAAAACACUAAGGAAAAUAUAUAUUCUGACUAUGAGAACUUGAAGGAAAUUAUUGACUCCAACAGUGCAGAUACAAAGGAGUACCAAGAUUCUAACUCAGAGAAGACAAAGGAAGGUGAUGGUGCCGGCUCCAAGAAACAGAAUAUGGUCUCUGAUUUUAGAGGAAAACUUGAUGCUAGAAAUAAAGGAGAAGAAAAUCUACAAGGCAUAACUGACAGUAGAGAUGUGGAAUCUGAUGAAUCUUUGUGUGAGUGGGAUGAUGUGGCUGAAGGUGAGAGAAAGACUUAUAGACCUUUAUGGAAAGAUACCUCCCUUGACCUAGAACUGAAAUAUAUGAGUAUGGAGUUAUCCGACUGUGAUGAUGGAGAGUGGUAUGAUGAUAAUGGUGGUGAGGACAUAGAGUUAGCCAUGCCUGAUUCAUUUGAUUCAAUAUGGGAUGAACUUGAUAGUCCAUAAUUCUGGAACAAAAUAUGAAACAACCCUCAGGUAUUGAAUAAGGUACUAGUCUGAAUUAUUGUUUCUCCAAAGGACACGAUUGGUUAACUCUCGUUGCAUUGACAUCCGAAGGCUUCUUUAGAAUUAUGCAAUCAUCCGUUAUGCCUUUGAUCUAUUUGUCAGUACAGUGUAUGUAAGGAAUAUUUUAAGCUCUGUUCUAUAUUGUGUUCCACUUAGGUGUACAAGGACCUAACACUAGGUUCAUGAUGGGUUUUAGCUGGUUUUUUAAUAGGCAUUUAACUUAAGACGAUCAACCGGCUGCCUUUCGUUCCCUUCAUCUGUUGCGCGUGUAGAAAUAUGAGUGAACUGAGGGCACUGAAAUACUGACCAUAAAUAACAUGAAAUCAUCUAUAAGAGCACUUCACCGUUAAUACCGAGGCUUGACACUUUGUGCAUACGAAGAGGGGUAUAGAUUUUUCUUCACUCACUUAUUUAUUAUUAAUUGUACAACCUGCUUGAUUUUUCCGUCGUGUACAGUCUCUUUAAUUCCUCUUUUGUUAUGUCAAAUGGUCAAUGCAAUUUUGAUCCUAUACAGCAACAUAAGGUGCUUUGUAAUGAAGAAUUCUUGUGUAAAUAGUAUAAGACAGAGAGCUUAGGUGAAUAUAUUCAGGGAAUCAUGUAUGAAAGAUUUAUAAUCAUUAAUGAUCUUGUUUCUUCUGGGACAUGGGACUGGUGACAUUAGCUUAAGAUCUUCACACUGUAUUAUCCACCUUUCAAAGUUUUACACGGUCUUUUUUUUUUUCUUUCUUUUUUUUUACAUGUAUGGAGAUAAUUUUAUUUGCACUGAUACAUUCCAGGUAUUUUUAUGUUGAUCUCAGGAGGUGAUAGCAAGAGAGUUCCACAUGCUUAUGAUGUAUAUGAAAUCAAUGACUAUGCAGAGAAAUUUGACCAAUGAGACAGAAACAUGCCUUCGUGAUCACCGACGCUUUUAUCAACAGUUAAUUUAUGUCCAGCUUCUGUAACUAAGGAACAUAGGAUUUUAUUUUUUAUAUGUGUGGGCUGCAAAGUGGGUUUUGUUUUCAGUAAGGAAGGCUAAUGGGAACUGAGUGUUAUUAUGGAGUUUAUCAUUAGUUUAUAACCCAAACACUGUAGAACUCUCCCCACGUACCAAGACUCAAUACAUAUGAAUCAAAAUCUUUAAUCUUGUUAGUAAAUGUCAAGACUCCAGACUACAAUAUGUUUCUUAAGAUGAGAAUCAAGGUUAAAGUAUUAAUUAGUGACAUAAGAUUAUAUUUAUUAAGAAUUUAGAAUUAUUGUAUUGAUUCUGGGAUGAAGAGAGGGUUGGGGGGGAUGGUCGAGUAAGGCUGACAGCCGCGAGUGUCAUCUGAUUAUUGUAGUACUGUACCUAAUACAAAGUAGAAUGUCAACAACUCCUCACACCACUACCACCAACCAAGUCAACGUACACCGAGCUCCUGUUAAUCCAGGUUGGUUGGCACAUGUAAUAUCCUUCACAAAACUCUCAGUUAUAUAAUGUCUUCACUUCUUGUUUUUCUUUUUUUUUUUCUUUUUUUUCAUGUAUUGAGAUCACCUGAAUAAUCUCCCCCAUCCCAGGUUAUUUCACUUAAAGAGUAACCAUCCUAACACUAUUUGGGGGAUGAGGUUAGGUUAGGUUUAGGGUGGUUAAUAUUUAGGUGAAAUAAGCUGGGGUGGAUAUUCUAAAGGUGAUACGUGUAUUGUAUCUAAAAUGUCGUCUUAUUAACAUGUAAUAAGUAAGACUAUUGUAUCAGAUGUUUCUCAAGGACUUUAAGAAAUAUACCAGAAUACAUUACAUGGUAUUUACCUUGUAUACAAUAUCAGAUAAUUUAGUGAAGAUUAAUAACGUGUGUAUAGGUCACACUGCCUUGAGUGUACAGUAUAGCUUCUGCUGCCAGGGAUCGUAACGAGAGUUUUACUUCUGGUCACCCAUCAUGUUUGUGGUAAAAUUGAACGACAAUCAUAUGGCCGAGGCGAUUUUUUUUUAUUGGUUUCACAGCUUUAAUAGACAAGCUGGGGGGUGGGGUGGGGGGAUUAUUAGGAACAUCUACUUAGCUUUAUUCCCAUCAGCUUUACUCCCUGCCCAACUUAUUAAGGGAUGGAAGAUGUGCACCAAUUCACACACUGAUUCAUAACACUGAGGCACAUUUUAUAACACACAGGAGCUACAGUACUACAAAACUCAGCUUCCAGGUCCUAUUCAGUCAUAAAUCACCAAUGUCAAAAUUCCUCAUACAAUCAAUGCAAUUAAUCAUUGUUUUAACCUUGAUCUGAAUCUUAAUCCUCUGGUUUAUUGUUUAAAGUACAAGAAUUGAUUGUACAUAAAUAUUUUUUAAUACAGAUUUACAGGUUAGUAAGGUAACUCUGCUGGUGUCAACAAGUAUCUACCAGAUUUUAGGUUUGUUAAUCAGAUUUUGAGUUGAGGUGUUACAUAGUGGAGAUAUUAUAAUUCUGUUCAUUAUUUUCAUGUCCUUUUGGUCUUCUUUUGUUGUGGUGUCAUGGUAGCUUUAACAAUCAACUGUCUUAAAGAAGAACACAUUUUAUUUUGAACCUGAGAAUCAUAUUUAUUAUACAACAGAACAGGAAUAAUCUAAGGUUCUUUUAAAAUGGUUUCCCGCUUUACAUAAAAAGAUAAUUAAGUUUCUGAAGGUGCAAUAGUUUACUGACACUAAACUCGUCAUUCACGAAUUUGAAUUAUAAUGCAAAUUUCGUUAAAGUAAUUUGUCAGUUUAUGCCCGUAAUAGUAUAUUGAACAUUUCAGUUUAAUAUAAUUUCACUGACAAACCCUGGGAUGUACAGAAGGUUGAUAGACUUAAAAGAAGCGAUUUUACAGCUGUGGCUCACACGGGCCAACAUAUCCGGCAUCAAGUCAAUACGUGAUGAUGAGGCCCUCGUACCCCUAAUGCGAAGCAAACGUAAACAUACACUGGAAUGUUUGUAACUCAUUCGUCGAUGCCGAGUAGGUUUUUGCUGUCCAUUUCUUCAGAACUAUUUUGUCCCCUUGGAUCAUCAACAAGAACUCCUGAAACACAGUCGUUUAUGAAGAGUUUUUGUCCACUGUUCCAGAGUUAUGGACAAUUGUUGUUAAAACCACCACAGCUGUUUCACUGCCCUGUUUAUCACUAGUGUUUUAUGGUCAGGUUUUGAGAACUUAAACACUCGAGUAUCAUGUUUAUUUGUGGUAGUAAAGGACUCCAGUUGUUGAUGCCUUACCACAGAUUAACAGAUCAUCAUUAUCAUAUAACAUUAAGUUUUAUACAUUUUGAAAUGAUUCACAGUUGUAUAGGAGAAAUAUAUUACCUUGACCCUUGCUGGAGCCGACACAAAGUGAGAUUUUAGCUGUCUUGGUUCCAAUUAGUGAGGGUAUAAAAUAUUUCAUAAACAAGUAUGUAUGGACACACUAGGCUCAUUGUGUGUGGGUACUGGAUGUGAGGCAGUGAGAACCAUAUAGUAGUUGUUGGUAAUGGUGGUCAGAAGCUCUGUCCACUAAUAUACCUUAUUUUUUAUCUUUACUCAUCAUAAAUAUAAUGUUUCUUCAAAUCCUGUCUUCUUGAGUGAAUAUAUUUAUAUUUUCAUGAUGCAGCUUUUAAACUCAUUUUAUAAAUAAAAUGUUCUUAUUAAAACCUUCAAUGAAAGACUUUUUAUAAAUGUGUUUUUCUCUCUAAAAAAAAUCAGGAGAGAAGAUUUAUUUAUUUGUCCAUUAUAUAGAUCCACUUUAGAAGAUUCAUAAAACUUAGGUAAGUCCUCUUUCAACAUCCUGUUUUAGUUCCUUCAUCAGUAAUAUCAAAAUAAAUGAGGAUAUAUCAUACAAUUGGUAAACAUUACAUAAUAUAUCCCACUGAUCAGUUUGUCGUGUGAUAAAAUAGUGUAAACUAAAUUAAGUAAUCUUGAAUGUUAGUCAUAUGUUGCCUUGAUUUCUACCUACUUUUGACAACAUACAAAUAUUGGCUUGCUAUAACAUGUAAGAUUUGAGUCUUAUUUUGUUUCUCCCUAUACCUACACCAUUAUGAUUUCCAGAUAAAACUUCAUAUUUCUCCAAAUCUUGAGCUUAUUUGAAUUAAUGAAUAAUACUACCGUACAUACAGGUACUGUGAGACGCCGGACAUUAAUACUAGUCAGUGAUGCCUUAUACCAAAUUAUACUUGAGACGAGUUGAUAGACCAGUACGUUGUUGUGAUGAUCUUAACGGUUCUAAUGCCCGACACUUAAGGAAUAUAUUGUUAGGUUACCGUACUUAAAGUUUUUAAUAUGAACAUUAAUGGUACAAAAUAUGCAGAGUUGUGAUAAACUGCCACUGAACAUUGUUUGUUUUCAUCCUUCUCUGUGCAUAACCUUCAAGGUUUGCAUCAAAUAAUGGGGGUUAUCCUCAUACAGAUCAUAAGAAUGCUUUUAUUUUGAUAUUAUGCUUAAACUUCUUUCACUUCUAUUAUCAUUUGGGUAAAAUAGUACUAGAGUAUGAUAUAUAAACACACAUAUAUCUAUAUCCAUAAACACAAUCAUAGAAAAUGUUUGUCAUUUUAGGGAUGACUUUAACCACUGAUAUACCAAAUAUAACUAUUACAAUGUGGAGCACUGGUCAACAGCUGUGAUCUACUGAGGCCGGCAGCAACACUCAGUCCCGGUUAUAACUCUUUUGAGUGAGGGACAUUUGAUGUAUGGUUCACCGGUGGAGCCGUCACGACAGACUAUGCUUGCUGCCGGCCGUCACUUAUACUCAAAUAUGAUUGUCGAAUUAAAGGAAAGACUAAUGAA